UAUAGGCGAUAUUAGCAAGGCCGUCUACACACCUAGCUAUACCUAGCUAUAAGUUCUGCAGUCGUAUUACAUAAUAAUAGGUAUCCCCAGUACAAUACACGUACUAGGGACAGCAUGGUGGGUCCUCCCCUCGUUUUUGGCCAAUAAGCUGGAGCGUGUAAGCAGUUUGCAUUAGCGCGAGGGGAUGUGGGUCCGGACGAUCAUCUCACGGACAAAGGUGGAAUCCAUUCCUUAGCAGGUCUUCGCAUCCUUCACCACCAGCCCGUCCAACACGAUCCUUCUACUCCGUGCCCGCCCCCUAGAGAUGCGACCACCUGGUGUGAUCUCGUAGUUCCGCCGCAGGGAGGCCAUACGAGCCAUAUAUGCGUCUCGACAGAUCUCGUUGCUGGCCCGGCUUAUUGCGGCACGACGGCUAGGUCAUGGGCCCUGGACGAGCCGCACUCUUGCUUGCCCUUGCCUCCCUUCGCCGCUCCGAGCCAUGGCGUCGCGGCGGCUCUUCGACCCGGUGACGCUCCUGCGGGUCGCGCCGCUCCUCACGUCGACCGCCACGCUCGUCCACGCCGGCGACGCCCACCUGUUCCUCAGCACGCUCGUCGGGUUGCGGCCGCAGCGGCCCAAGGUCAACGAGCUGGCGCCGCGCUACUUCGAGUCCUUCUUCUGGCGCGGCCUGCCCCUCAUCUUCCUCGGCUACGGCGCGUCCGUCGCGCUGGGCGUCGCCAACUACGUCGCCCUGCGGCGCGCCGCCUCCGUCUCGGCCUGGUACGCCGGCGGCUCCGUCCUCGCCCUCGCCCACUUCGCCUUCGUCCCCAAGAUCAUGUGGCGCGUCAAGGACGCCAUCGACGCCGACGAGGCCCCCGACGGCCCCGGCGCCCAAGCCAUCCAGCGCUGGCUCAACGUCCACUACGCCCGCAUGGCCCUAGCCGACUUCCCCGCCUGGACCUGCUUCUUUGUCGCCGCGCUCAAGGUCCUGAAGCCUAUCUGAUGGGCGUGUCAACGGCUCCUACCUGUGGGCGGAAUAGGUAUAUAUAUUUUCUCAGCGAACACGGUAGCUGGGCUGGUCGAGGACCGAUAUCUGAAGACGAACCAUUAGCGAACCGAAACUAAGGAGUAUUUAUACAGUAUAGAG